CUCCCUUCCCCACCCGUCGGUUUCGCCCCGGUUUCUAUAUAAACGCCACCGUUUUCCUCGCCUUUCGUCUCCCCGUCGUCCGUGACCUCCAUCCCCCCUCGCAAACAAACGCUAAUCACAAUGCUCACACGAAGCGCUCUGCACGUGGCCGUGGCGGCGCUGCUACUGUGCGCCGCGGCGGUCGGCGGCGCAGGCGCGUCGCGGCGUCCGGCGGCGGCGGGGGGUAGUUGUUGCAGGAAGCACGUGAAGCGGAUCACGGAGUACGGGGCGGUGGGGGACGGGAAGACGCUGAACACGGCGGCGUUCGCGAGGGCGGUGGCGGACCUGUCGCGCCGGGCGGCCGACGGCGGCGGGGCGGCGCUGGUGGUGCCGGAGGGGAAGUGGCUCACGGGGCCCUUCAACCUCACCAGCCACUUCACCCUCUUCCUCCACCGCGGCGCCGAGAUCCUCGCAUCCCAGGACCUGAACGAUUGGCCUCUCAUAGCUCCGCUGCCCUCCUACGGAAGAGGCAGGGACGAGCCUGGCCCAAGAUAUAGCAACUUCAUCGGCGGAUCAAAUCUCACAGACGUUAUCAUCACAGGUCAAAACGGAACCAUCAACGGGCAGGGCCAGGUGUGGUGGGACAAGUACCACGCCAAGGAGCUCACAUACACCAGGGGUUACCUGCUCGAGCUCCUCUACUCACACGACAUCAUCAUCUCCAAUGUCACCUUCGUCGACGCGCCCUCGUGGAAUCUGCACCCUACUUACUGCACGAACGUGACCAUCAGCGGCGUCACGAUCCUUGCGCCGGUCCACUCGCCUAACACUGACGGAAUCGACCCUGACUCUUCCUCUUAUGUCAAGAUCGAGGACUGCUACAUCGUCUCUGGUGACGACUGCAUCGCCGUGAAGAGUGGCUGGGAUGAAUACGGCAUCAAGUUCAACAUGCCCAGCCAACACAUUGUCGUCAGGAGGCUCACCUGCAUCUCACCGACGAGCGCCAUGAUUGCCCUCGGCAGCGAGAUGUCAGGUGGCAUCCAGGACGUGCGUGCCGAGGAUAACAUUGCCAUCAACACCGAGUCAGCCGUCAGGAUCAAGUCCGGUGUGGGGAGGGGCGGCUUCGUCAAGGACGUCUUCGUGCGUGGGCUCAGCCUCCACACCAUGAAGUGGGUCUUCUGGAUGACUGGCAACUACGGCCAACACCCAGAUAACUCCUCCAACCCCAAAGCGCUACCUGAGGUCACUGGCAUCAACUAUCGUGACGUGUUUGCUGAGAAUGUGACCAUGGCCGGCAGGAUGGAGGGCAUCCCGAACGACCCCUAUACUGGCAUAUGCAUGUCUAAUGUGACAGCCCAGCUUGCGCCGGAUGCCAAGAAGCUGCAGUGGAACUGCACCGAUGUCAAGGGAGUGGCAUCCGGUGUAUCGCCGAAGCCAUGCCCGGAGCUUGGUGCGGUCGGCAAGCCAUGCACAUUCCCGGAGGAAGAACUCGUCAUCGGGCCACCGGAGUUGCCCAAAUGUACCUACUGAUACAUUGGUAGGUAAUAGCCACUGGGGUUAUGACCAAAGAGUGUACUUCUAGUAUAGUCAAGCAGUUUGAAAAAUGCUGCAGAAUAAACAUGUGUCAUAAACUCCUAUAAUGAAUAGCCUGACCAAACAAAACCUUUCCA